AUGCUCGACACAAGCAACUCUAUUGCUCUAACCGCCUUUAUUGUCUCCUUGGUCGCUCUCACAGUGACUCUCCUCCAGCUCCUCCAGCAAUACUCAGCAACAGCGCAGGGCUACAACCGAUGUUCCAGACGACUGGUCGGCGACUGGUCGCGCUUCCGGCAUCGCCACUAUCUGCGGCGAGAAUUUCAGUUUGAGAUCACCUUCACUUCCUGGGCUCCUUUUCUGACGCACUUGCAGGAAUACAACCGCCAUGCUGCAAGGCGUAUGCAUCAUGCAACUUAUGACUCACCAUCACCAUCAACAGCACAUUCUCCCUCAUUGAACUACGGUAUCUGCAUCAAAUUCGAGCCCUACACGUGGGACGACCUCCCCGGAAACACUGGCAGACUGAUAGGCUCAGUGUCUCUCCGUGACCUGACCGUCUUCACUCGCCUUCUCGGUCUGGCCUGGUCAGACGGGCCAUUUCUGAGUAACCUACAGAGCUCAGCAUCUAGAGAGGAGAUAAAAACGGACACGAGCUUGUCGCCCAGAGGCAGCCUCCAGGCAUCAGGAAACACCCUCAUCCUCGCAGAAGAGUCCACUCCGCCACUGCGCUAA